GUGGCUGAGGGCGAGCGUCGGCGCGCGGGAGGGCGCACUUUCUCCUCAGCGCCGGGCGGGGACGGCGGCGACAGCGGCGUCUCCUCAGCGCCAGCCAGACCCAUCGGGAGACGCGGCGCGGCCGGGCGCGCUCUGGUCGCGGGGCCGCUGAAGGCAGUGUGAGGGAAAUUUCCCUGCUGACAACUUCGCCUUCGCCGCGCCCCUCAGCUCCCGCUGUCGCCCCCAGCACCUGGCCGCCCCGCGAGCUUUCGACCGGAGACCACCGCCCGCCCGUCCCGCUUGCGGGGUCCGAGGCCGGGGGCAGGCGGCGGCGGCCCCUCAGUAUGGCCCGUGGUGCCCGGCCGGCAGGCGGCGGGGGCGCGGCGCGGCAGGGGCGGCCGCGGGGGUCCCUGUCCGGCCCCGAGCGGCGGCCGCGGCUGCACCGCGGAGCCCGCGCGGCGCCCGAGAGCCCCGGCCAGGACGUGGGGUGGCGCGGCGGGCGGCCGACUCCAAAGUUAGGCGCGGGCCGGCGGCGCGGGUGGUGGGCGCUCCUGACGCUCCAGCUGCACUUGCUCCAGGCGCUGGCUCAAGAUGAUGUUGUGCCAUAUUUUAAAACGGAGCCAGGCCUACCACAGAUUCACCUGGAAGGGAAUCGUCUUGUUCUCACUUGCCUUGCUGAGGGGAGCUGGCCUUUGGAAUUCAAGUGGAUGCGCAAUGACAGUGAACUCACCACCUACACCAGCGAAUAUAAGUACAUGAUUCCGUCUUUACAGAGGCUUGAUGCUGGAUUUUACCGCUGUGUGGUGCGAAACAGAAUGGGAGCUCUCCUGCAAAGAAGAUUGGAAGUUCAAGUCGCAUUUAUGGGAAAUUUCAUGGAUACAGGCCAGAGGAAGACGGUUUCUCAAGGACAUGCAGCAGUUCUCAACUUACUGCCCAUUACCAGCUGCCCCAGACCUCAGGUGACUUGGUUCAGAGAAGGGCACAAGAUUAUUCCAAGCAACAGAAUAGCCAUCACUCUGGAGAAUCAACUGGUGAUCCUUGCAGUGACAGCAAGCGACGCUGGGGCCUACUACGUGCAGGCUGUCAAUGAAAGGAAUGGAGAGAACAAGACAAGCCCACCCAUUUAUUUGAGCAUAGCAAGAGAUGUUGGCACACCUGAAACCAUGGCCCCUGUCAUUGUGGUUCCCCCAGGCAACCGAAGUGUGGUAGCUGGGGCCAGCGAGAUCACCUUGGAAUGCAUAGCCAAUGCCAGGCCUGUUGAGGAGCUGAGCGUGAACUGGAAGAGGAAUGGGGUGAGGAUCACCAGUGGGCUCCACAGCUUUGGGAGACACCUCACCAUCAGCAACCCGACAUCGGCAGACACCGGGGUGUAUGUCUGCGAGGCAACACUAGGAGGGAGCCCUUUGGAGCUGGCGAGAGCAAAUGCCUUUCUUUCUAUCAUAGAGCCACCAUAUUUUACUGUAGAACCUGAGAGUCGGAUUUUCGCAGAAGUGGAAGAAAAUGUGGACAUCGUAUGUCAAGCCAUGGGGGUCCCUCUUCCCACCCUCCAGUGGUACAAGGAUGCUGUCGCCAUCAGCCAGCUCCAAAAUCCUCGAUACAAAAUGCUAGCAAGUGGAGGCCUGCACAUCCAAAAGCUGCGUCCGGAGGAUUCUGGAAUCUUCCAGUGCUUUGCCAGUAAUGAAGGAGGGGAGAUCCAGACCCAUACCUACCUGGGCGUCACCAAUGUUGCACCAGCAUUUACUCAGCUUCCCGUGGACACCACCGUGACCGAUGGGAUGACAGCCAUUCUGAGGUGUGAGGUGUCCGGGGCCCCCAAACCUGCCAUCACAUGGAAGAGAGGAAAACACAUUCUGGCCAGUGGCUCUGUGCAGAUUCCUAGGUUCAUGCUCCUUGAAUCCGGGGGUCUACAGAUAACCCCUGUCUUCAUCCAGGAUGCUGGCAUCUACACCUGCUACGCAGCCAACACAGAGGGAUCCCUGAGCGCGUCCGCAGCUCUGACCGUGUGGAAUCGAACAUCCAUCGUUAACCCUCCCAAAGACCGCGUGGUGAUCAAGGGGACCACAGCCACACUGCACUGCGGAGCCACACAUGACCCCCGGAUCUCUCUCCGCUACAUCUGGAAGAAGGACAGCAUGGUCAUCAGCCCAUCUAGCAGUUCCAGAAUUGUGGUGGAGAAGGGCGGGUCCCUCCUCAUCAGCCAGACGUGGUCAGGUGACAUCGGGGACUACACCUGUGAGGUCGUUUCUGAAGGAGGGAACGACUCCAGGACAGCCCGGCUGGAAGUGAUUGAACUGCCUCAUCCACCUCAGAACCUUCUGGCCAGCCUGAAUUCUUCCUACAGCCAUGCUGUGGUGCUCUCUUGGGUUCGACCCUUUGAUGGAAACAGCCCAGUUCUUUAUUACAUUGUGGAACUGUCUGAAAACAACUCUCCAUGGAAAGUGCAUCUGUCAAACAUUGGCCCCGAGAUGACAGGUGUCACUGUGCGUGGCCUGACUCCAGCUCGCACCUAUCAGUUCAGGGUGUGUGCCAUGAACCAAGUGGGCAAGGGCCAGUACAGUGCAGAGACAAGCAGGUUGAUGUUACCUGAGGAACCACCCAGUGCUCCCCCAAAAAAUAUAGUGGCCAGUGGGCGUACCAAUCAGUCCAUCAUGGUCCAGUGGCAGCCACCCCCAGAAACAGAGCACAAUGGAGUGCUUCGUGGGUACAUCCUCAGGUACCGCCUGGCUGGGCUGCCUGGAGAGUACCAGCAGAGGAACAUCAGUAGCCCAGAGGUCACCUACUGCCUGGUGACAGAGCUGAUUAUCUGGACACAGUAUGAAAUACAGGUGGCAGCUUACAACGGGGCUGGCCUGGGCGUCUUCAGCAGGGCAGUGACUGAGUACACCUUACAAGGAGUGCCUACUGCACCCCCGCAGAACGUGCAGAUGCAAGCUGUGAACUCCACGACCAUUCAGUUCCUGUGGAACCCUGCGCCUCAGCAGUUCAUCAAUGGCAUCAACCAGGGAUACAAGCUUCUAGCGUGGCCUGCUGAUGACCCUGAGGCUAUCACUGUAGUCACCAUUGCUCCAGAUUUCCAUGGAGUCCACCAAGGGUAUAUAGCUAACUUGAAGAAAUUCACUGCUUACUUCACGUCAGUUCUGUGCUUCACCACUCCAGGGGAUGGGCCUCCAAGUGCACCUCAGCUCAUAUGGACGCAUGAAGACAAACCAGGAGCUGUGGGGCAUCUGAGUUUCACAGAGAUUCUGGACACAUCUCUCAAGGUCAGCUGGCAGGAGCCCCUGGAGAAAAAUGGCAUCAUUACAGGCUACCUGGUUUCCUGGGAGGUAUACGGCAAGAACGACUCCCGGCUCACUCACACUCUAAAUAGCACAACGCACGAAUACACAAUCAAAGGAUUGUCAUCUCUCACCACAUACACCAUUGACGUGGCUGCUGUCACUGCAGUGGGGGCGGGCCUGGUGACGUCAUCCACCAUUUCUUCUGGAGUUCCCCCAGAACUCCCUGGUGCCCCAUCCAACCUGGUCAUUUCCAACAUCAGCCCUCGCUCAGCCACUCUUCAGUUCCGGCCGGGCUAUGAUGGGAAGACGUCCAUCUCCAGAUGGAUCAUAGAGGGACAGGUUGGAGCCAUUGGCGAUGAGGAAGACUGGGUCAGCCUCUACGAGGAGGAGAAUGAGCCUGAUGCCCAGACACUGGAGAUCCCAAACCUCACGCCCUACACUCAUUACAGAUUUCGCGUGAGGCAGGUGAACGUUGUUGGUGCCAGUCCUUUCAGCCAGGCCUCCCGUGUCAUCCAGACGCUGCAGGCACCCCCUGAUGUGGCUCCAACCAGCAUCACCGUCCGAACUGCUAGUGAGACUAGUCUGCGGCUCCGCUGGGUGCCCCUGCCCGAUUCCCAGUACAACGGGAACCCCGAGUCGGUGGGCUACAGGAUCAAGUACUGGCGUCCUGACCUCCAGUCUCCAGCACUGGCCCAAGUCAUCAAUGACCGGCUCGAGAGGGAAUUCACCGUUGAGGAGCUGGAGGAGUGGACAGAAUAUGAGCUACAGAUGCAGGCAUUCAACGCCAUCGGGGCCGGGCCCUGGAGUGAGGUGGUGCGGGGCCGGACGCGGGAGUCAGUUCCUUCUGCUGCCCCUGAAAACGUGUCAGCUGAGGCCGUCAGUUCCACCCAGAUCUUACUGACAUGGGCUUCAGUACCCGAACAGGACCAGAAUGGGCUCAUAUUGGGCUACAAGAUUCUGUUCCGGGCCAAAGAUCUGGACCCUGAGCCCGGGAGCCACAUGGUGCGAGGGAACCACACGCAGUCCGUGCUCCUGGCGGGCCUUCGGAAGUACGUGCUGUACGAACUCCAGGUGCUGGCGUUUACCCGCAUUGGGAACGGGGUCCCCAGCAUGCCCCUCAUCCUCGAGAGGACCAAAGAUGACGUCCCAGGCCCACCAGUGAGGCUUGUGUUCCCCGAAGUGAGACUCACCUCUGUGAGGAUCGUGUGGCAGCCUCCUGAGGAGCCCAACGGCAUUAUCCUGGGCUACCAGAUCGCCUACCGCCUGGCCAGCAGCCGCCCCAACACCUUCACCACGGUGGAGGUCGGCGCCACCGUGAGGCAGUUCACGGCCACCGAGCUGGCCCCAGAGUCAGCAUACAUCUUCAGGUUGUCCGCCAAGACGAGGCAGGGCUGGGGGGAGCCUCUGGAGGCCACGGUCAUCACCACUGAGAAGAGAGAGCGGCCAGCACCCCCCAGAGAGCUCCUGGUGCCCCAGGCAGAAGUGUCUGCUCGUGGACUCCGGCUCCAGUGGGUCCCGGGCAGCGAUGGGGCCUCCCCGAUCCGGUACUUCACCGUGCAAGUGCGGGAGCUGCCUGGAGGAGAGUGGCAGACCUACUCCUCAUCCAUCAGCCAUGAAGCCACUGCCUGUGCCGUUGAAAGGCUGAGGCCCUUCACCUCCUACAAGCUGCGCCUGAAAGCUACCAAUGACAUCGGGGACAGUGACUUCAGUGCAGAGACAGAGGCUGUGACCACGCUGCAGGACGUUCCGGGAGAACCUCCAAGUUUCAUCUCAGUAACGCCGCACACCACUUCCUCUGUUCUGAUCCAGUGGCAGCCUCCAAGGGAUGAGACCCUGAACGGCCUUCUUCAGGGUUACCGGAUCUACUACCGCGAGCUGGAGUACGAGGCGGCCUCAGUCCCCGAGACCAAGACACUCAAAACCCCGUUGGCUUUACGGGCUGAGCUCACAGCCCAAAGCAGCUUCAAGACCGUGAACAGCAGCUCCACGUUAACAACGUAUGAAUUAACACAUCUGAAGAGGUACCGGCGCUAUGAAGUCCUCAUGACGGCCUAUAACAUCAUUGGUGAGAGCCCGUCCAGUGCUCCCGUGGAGGUCUUCGUUGGCGAGGCAGCCCCGGCCAUGGCCCCGCAGAACGUCCGGGUGAACCCGCUCACGGCCAGCCAGCUGGAGGUCACAUGGGACCCGCCGCCACCAGAGAGCCAGAACGGGAACAUCCAGGGCUACAAGAUUUACUACUGGGAGGCAGAUAGCCAGAACGAAACGGAGAAAAUGAAGGUCCUGUUCCUGCCCGAGACGGUAGUGAAGCUGAAGAACCUGACCAGCCACACCCAGUACCUGGUCAGCAUCUCUGCAUUCAAUGCUGCUGGUGACAGUCCCCAGAGCAGCCCCAGGCCAGCACGCACCCACCAGGCAGCUCCUGGGACCCCCAGCUUUUUGGUGUUUUCAGAAGUAACCUCCACCACACUUAACGUCUCAUGGGGUGAGCCAGCGGCGGCCAAUGGCAUCCUGCAAGGCUAUCGUGUUGUGUAUGAGCCUUUAGCACCUGUCCAAGGGGUGAGCAAGGUGGUGACAGUGGAGGUGAAGGGCGACUGGCCACGCUGGCUGAAGGUGCGGGACCUCACCAAGGGAGUGACCUAUUUCUUCCGCGUUCAAGCACGGACCAUCGCCUAUGGGCCCGAGCUACAAGCAAAUGUCACAGCCGGGCCGCCCGAGGGUUCCCCGGGCUCCCCCAGAGGCGUCCUGGUCACCAAAUCGGCCUCUGAACUGACCCUACAGUGGACAGAGGGAAACGCUGGCAAGGGGCCCACCACAGGCUAUGUCAUCGAGGCCAGGCCUUCAGAUGAAGGCCUGUGGGACACAUUCGUGAAGGACAUUCCCCGGAGCACCACUUCCUACACCAUUAGCCUGGAUAAGCUCAGGCAAGGAGUGACUUACGAGUUCCGGGUUGUGGCUGUGAACCAAGUGGGCUACGGGGAGCCCAGCAGCCCCUCCACAGCUGUGUCAGCCCAAGUGGAGGCCCCGUUCUACGAGGAGUGGUGGUUCCUCCUGGUGAUGGCACUCUCCAGCCUGAUCGUCGUCCUGCUGGUGGUGUUCACCCUGGUCUUGCAUGGCCAGAACAAGAAGUACAAGAACUGCAGUGCAGGGAAGAGCAUCUCCAAUAUGGAAGAAUCCGUGACCCUGGACAACGGAGGAUUUGCUGCCUUGGAGCUCAACAGCCGCCACCUCAAUGUCAAGAACACCUUCUCAAAGAAGAACGGAACCAGGUCCCCACCCCGGCCAAGCCCUGGUGGGCUGCGCUACUCCGAUGAGGACCUCUGCAGCAAAUACGACGGAGCCGUGCUAACCGAUGGCGCAGACCUCAAAGAGAAGUCGGUGGACGCUUCAGAGUCUGAGGGCACAGGCUCCGAGUCCGAGGACGGACCUCCCCAGCACUCUUUCGUCAACCACUACAUGAGCGACCCCACCUACUACAAUUCAUGGAAGCGGAGGGCCCCGCACAGGUACGAGGCCGUGGCGGGAGCCGAGGUGGGGCCGCACCUGCACACGGUGGUCACCACGCAGAGCGCCGUGUUCGCGCCCGCUGGCCCCGGCACCCGGACUCCGCUCACCGGCUUCUCCUCCUUCGUGUGACUGCCUCUGCGGGGUAACGGCCCUUUGGGGCCUAUCCUUAUUAAGACAAUCAACUCCGGUAACUGAGCUCAACCUGGUUUAAAGCAAAUUCUGAUGAGCGAUUAUCUUACCUACUUGUGAACCCUAGAUUUCAAUUAGGAAGGUUUUUUUAAUGGCUUUUUGUAACAUCGCUGCAGGAAGCAGUCUCUGGUUUUCUUUUCUUUUUACGAGAAGGUGUAUUUCCCUGGUGCGCCGGGACCUCGGGAGACCUCGGAGCCUCCCAGUGCUGGGCCUCGCCCUGACGCCCGGUGGAACGGCAGCAGGGCGGCAGGUUGGGAGCCCCAUGGGCCUGCGCCUUCUCCCCAGCCGCACGCUCUCCCAGGCUCCCACCCCGCGCUCCGGGCGAGCAUCAGCUUUAAGAGGCCGGGCAGCGGCGCAGACGAGGCGGUGUCGCUGCCCGCGGCAUCCGAGCGGCUGCCUUCUGCCUUUCCGGGGGUGAGAUUCCGGCGCCUGCCUUCCUCUCAUCCUGCGCUGGCGGCCGCCGCCUCGGCCCUCGGCCAGCAGCUCCUCCCGUGCACGGCACAGGGCCAACCCGCAACCCAGAGAAGGCAAGAGGGCGUUUUGCGAAUUGCUUGUUGUCAGAGGUGUGCAUUGUUAACCAGAGUAUUUUUUAAAUUUUUUUAUCUUUUUUUAAAAUAUGUCACAUGAAAUGAAUGAGCCUCUGCUGUCUCCAGGUGCCUUUUUAUUCGUUGUUAAGCUUUGUACAUGGAAAGAGAAGCGACAGUGUCUCUAAAAAGCGACGGCCCUGAGGACAGGGCCCCAAACGCCCAGUGCCGCCGGGCCCUCCUCCGAGCACCGCCCCCUCGGUGCCCUGGCUCAGUGGCCCGCCUUGACCUCCAGUGCUGCUGCCCUUCCCCCUCCCAGGCCAGCCUUUAGCCUUAACGGAUUGUUCUGGAAAUUAUUUUUCCCCUUUGUUAUUGUUUUGCUUUAGUUUUUUAGCUAAGUGAAAAUAGUAUGAACUCCUUUGGACAUUCAAGAGUCUAAACCGUUCUGUGCCUCCAGCCCACUGCUUUAUUUUUGCAACAGGUGUGUGAGGUGACUGGAGGACAGGUGGUCAAGCCCUCAGCCAGGAGCCCAGGUCUAGCUGUACCGCACAUCUUCUGGUGCCAGCAGCACACACCCUGAGCUCCGCGAGGGCCCCCCGUCCCCGCUGCACCCACAGGUGUGAGGCACAGAAAAUGCACAACCACCCUGUCCCCCAGGCAGAGGGGAGCAAAGCAGGUGCCAUUCACCCAGGUGGCCUGCCAGCACCCUGACUGAUGGGAGCGGCUGGUGCCGGCACCCACAGGUGCCCGCUGGGCACAGUCUCAUGGCCACAUGUGGGCCGUGUGGUCUCUGCUAGGCUAACUUUGUUCUUCCCUCUGUGGGACAGGGAGCUGUCUUGACCCUCCACUUUCAGAGUUGCUGGGUGUGGACCCAGGAGACCAUGGAGAGUUUUCUGUUGAAAAGGUGAAAAGCCCCUUUUCUGUUUUUUCCAAAAGUAGAGGCUGUGGAAAGCUUCCUGCACCCCGUCCUCCUCUCCUCCCUUCCUCCUGCCUGCCUUCUCUUUCUGAGAGGAGAGCGAAGCAAUCUAAACCAAAAAUCCUCCACACUCCUCCCAAAGCCACUUCUGCAUGAGACCAGCUGCCCCCAGGUCAUUGCACAGGAGCCUCCUCGGGGCAGAGACCCCUCCUUCCUCUCAGCCCCAAGGCGGGAUGCACAGGAAACUGCAAGGCCACACCCUGAACUUCUCGGACACAGAGAACACGGACAAACCUGCCUGGUGCGCAUUUUGCUCUCUAAGCCAUAUGGACUUCGCUCUAAGUAUGGGGGGAAGUGCUGAAACGUCGCAGGACAAGGAUGAUUUGGCUCGAGGUGUAUUCUUUUGCUUUUGGGUUUCUGUGACAACAUGACCCCUUUUUUCAAGCUCAUUAUAUUUCCUGUAUUUUCUCUACUUCUGGGAAACCCUUUUUUGUACAGAAUUCUCUGUUCGAGGCUGCGCUGGCACUGCGGCUGCUGAUGACUGCUCACUCCUGCUCCUCACCCGGUCCCUCGGGGGCUCGGCCCACAAGACACCCGCAACAAAGGAGCAGAGCGGGCAUCUCUGGCUCGACUCCAGCCUCCCUGAGCGACACGGGCAUUGAGAAGCACCAAUUCCUCGCCUCUCGACUGUAGGGAGGGGAAAAAAACCACACAAUAGGGAAAUAGUAAUGGAUUUUCAUCUCAGCACUGAAAAACGGACAAGCAACACUUCUUUGACUGAGGCUAGAUAAAUGCCCUCUUCUUGCCCCUCCUGUAGACGCUGUGCAGGCGCCUGAGGGGGCGGCAGCCAAGCCUCCACCCCACCUACACCCCCACCCCCCACCGCCCCAACCAGCCCUGCAGAGGGUCGCCCACCGUGGCACUGACAGAUGAGCCACCCUUCCCACGGAGGACGAGGCAGUGAGGCAACUGGAAGGACCUGCUCUCUCUCUGAGCUGUGGGGAAGGUGUGCGAGGGGCUCCCUCCCCAUUGGGGGUGCCAGACACGGGCUUCCAGGGCAGUGAGCACGGGGGGCGGGGGCAGCCCCUGCACCCAGUGGGCCUUCAGCACAUCCACCUGACCUCGCCUGCUCCGGCCCUCCCUUCAGCUUCCCCCCCUUGCUUCUAAGGGGCACUCCUUACGUGUCACCGCAGAGGAAGAUGUGAUGUAGGGCUAUGUGGGGACCCGCUGCCCCGAGGGUGAUGGGGGAGACCACGGUGGGCAGCUCCACACCGUGAAGUGUCCACACUGGAGGGGGAUGCGCUCUGUCGAUUUCCGCUGCUGUCCUUGUACUUGAUCAUGGCUGGACUGAAGCAUGGUGUUUGCAUAAUGGUUCACAGCAUGGUUUUUAGCUUUUACAAAUUCUUGGCACACAGUUAGUGAUUCUCCUGAUGAGCAAUCAGCCCACGUAUCCCAGUGUGGCUCUCUCUAAUUCAGCAUCCCUGUGGCAGGGAUCCAGUCUGCAAGGUGGGAAUGAUGGAGAAGUCCACAGCCUGAGCUGGUCUGCUGAGGCACACCUCAGCGUCACAUGCUGGUUUAUUGAGAGCUUAGGUCAGUCCGCAAGUUUCCCCUACGUUUUCUGGAAUUAUGCAGAAAACCAUAAAUUAAAAAAAAAAUGUAGGAAGACAGAGAGGUGCUAUGGGUACUUUUAAUAAAAACACCAUUUUGUUCCUUA